CCUAUAUAGAAGAAAUAUAAUAAUAUUUACUUCAAAAGCCAGAAAUUUCUUUGUCUGUACGUGAAGGUAGACAUAAAUUAUUAUUUUUUCAUUAAAUAUUAUUUACCUAUUUAAUAUUAUAAUUAUCUUUUACUUAUAAUUGUCUACUCAAUUAUUUACCUAAUGUAAACUAUAAACAAUUAAAUAUUACAAUGUCUUGAUUUCAACAUUUAACAGUUUUUUUAUACCAUUAUUUUUCAAGAAUACCUAUUUAAUUAGCCGCGUCCCUGAGGCAGGUGAUCUCCAAACCCCCUUCCCCAUAAGCCAUGUCAUGUUCUUUUUUGUUUUACAAAAAAAAUCCAUAAUUCUUAAGUACAAAUGCAAUUCGUUCCAAAUACCAUAAAGAUAAUUCCGGAUCUUGGAAAUACUUUCAUUAAAUCAAGAAUAAAACACCUCUCAUUUAUAAGAACUAAGUGGGAACAAUCAAUUUGCAAAGAUAUAAUAAAACAAUAUAUUUUUAGAAUUAAAAUUGGAAAUGAUUAAUCUAAUUUAAAUUUUAGAUUCUGAAUUUAGCGAAGAAUGUACCUAUUGGAUUUACAAUUAUGAUUUUUUUUUUUUUUAUAUACUGUGACAAAAAUUUAGACCAGAAAUCUUGCUUCAAUAUGUGUGUGUAAAUAUUGUCAUAUUGAAUGAAUGGUUCCUCUAGGAAGAUUAAUUUUUUAUUUUCCAAGCAAUUUUCAUUUCACCAGAAUAAAACUUAAGAAAAACAUAAAAAUUUACGAAAAUAAUGCUUUCAUUAUUUUCAAUUUUGAUUUUUGUUUUAUUUCAGUAAACAAUAUUCGUAGACUUGAAAUUUGGACCGACAUCUUAUAUUUGCAUUUUCCUGACGUGGUUACAUUUUUCAGCAAUUUUUAUACUUUUUAAUUUUGCGAGUUUUUGUACGUAAUUUUUAGUCGGUAGGUACUCUGUGAAUAAAAUGGUUAAACCAAACAGAAAUGUUUGAUAAUUUAACAUGAAGUUCAUUAAAAGUUGUACUUUGUGGAAAAAAAGAAAUUUUGAGCAGAGACUAACUGGCGUAUCAUUUUUAAAUAUUUAUCGAAAUGAAAACAUUAUAGAAAAUAUUGUUGAUCAAACUGCUUGCAAAACGCUGCUUAAAAUAAAAGUAUUUUGGACUUGGUCAUCUAACUUUUAUUAAUUAUUAUUUUUUUUUUUUUUGUUAUUCAUACUAUCAUUAGUUUAAUUAUUAUUUAUUAUUUAUUUAAUGUGAAAAAAAUAAAUUUCACUAAAACAGUAAAAUUUAUUUGUACAAUAUAUCUGAAGUCUUCUUAGCUAAUAUAAGUUGAAAUAACAUCAGACAUAAAGGUUUUAAGGUUUUGUUGGCCAAAACGGUGAUAUUCAAGAGUAAAAAAUCUUCGCCCUCUCCCCCCCCCGUGGAAUUGACCCGAAGAUGCCCCUGAGCAAUACUAUUGACCGAGCUCCGCUCAAAAUCAUUUUUCAGUUUGCAUCAAACUUUGUAGUUCCAAUCAACAACAACGCUUGCAAAUGUUCGUCUAUUAAAUAAGAUUAGGCGUAUUUAAUUUUUGAAAACGUCUGUUCACAUAAGUAAAUGGAGCUAAAUAUUGAAAUUUAUUUCAGGUACAUAUUUUUUCAUAUUUGUAAAAGCCUCCUCUGGCAACAUGGCAUAAAAUUGUUUAAGUGUAUUUUCUCUGAAAUAGUUUUUUUAAUGGUUAUUUGAUGUGAGCUCGAUGACUUCAAGCUGAAUCUCCGUUUGUAAAGUUUCUAUUUCUACAACAAAUAGAUUUUCAAAAAUUCGAAUAUGGUUUUUUAAAUUUUUGAAAACUAAAGCGGAUCAGGAAGUGCUCUUUCAAAUGGAUGAGAAUUCCAACAGCAAAAUCAGUAGGAUUUAUAUUAUAGAUUCUUCAUUCGACACACUCAACAAUAAAUUAUUCAGUAUCGAACAUAACUAACUUUUUAUACAAAUUGUAUGAAAUAAAUUAUAAAAUUGUAUAUUUUUAAAAUAUAAAUUAAUCAAAUUUUUCGUAGGUAACUAGUACAAGGUUGAAGGCACAAAUUAUGAAAGAACGUAAAUAAAAUGAAAACGAAACGCGGUGCAAUCUCGGCGUCCGGAUCGUUUGUGGGUUAUCAAACCCAAAAAUACAUUGGAAAGAUAUUGUUUAUUAUAGUUGAGGAACGUUCAAAAUUAAGCAUAUUCUAUCUAUCUACGGGAUUGUCGAUAAAUUAUUGUGAUAAAAUCGCAAAACAUUUUUUUUUUACAAUUGAUUGUAUUAUUCUGGAAAUUCUAUGAAAUUAUCUGCACACGCAUACUUAUUUUAAAUGUGUUAAAAUAAAUUCACGAAUUAGAUUUGCAUACCCUCGUAUCCCGUAAAUGACGCCACUGACUACACGUCUUAUAACUAAAAUUGGCAAUCUAAUUUAUUAUCUAUAUCAUAAUACAGAUUCAUUAUUUUUUUAGGUAGCGUUAACAUGCGGGUACUUAAAAUUGUACAAGUAAUGUAUAUAUUUAUAAAGUAUAUUAUAAUGUAUUUAAAAUUCAAUUUUUUUUCUAUACAAAUUUUAACGUCAGCCAUUUGUAUUUUUUCAAAAAAUUACAAUGCGUACAAUAUUCAAUACCUACGUUUAACAUUGUAUACAUUUUGUACCGAUAGUCGUGGACCGAGGUCUUGAAAAAUUAAUAAUUUUACGGCGAUUUCGGCUUUUAGUCACGUGCGCGCGAAGAGCUAUGUAAACUUGUUUACCGACAGGUAGGUAGGUAGAUAAAUUACGAAAUCAGGAUCACUAGUCGAGAUCGUAAAACAAACAAUGCCCGUCAAGGACAUACACCGUAAGAUUUGCGUUACACGUAUCCUCCGUAAUAACAAAUAAUAAUGUUGUACAUUUAUUAAUAUUUAAUAUUCAAUGGUUUGAAGAUGUACCGUGACGAAAAUCGCUACGUACGAGGGCAAAUGACAGCAAAAGAGGACGGAAAAACAAGAUUACCUGAACGACGGUCGAACGUGGUGUUCUAGGCAUAUUUAAUAAUAUGGACGUCGACGUUUAACAAUAAUAUCAUAAUAAUAAUAUAAUCAUAAUAUAAUAUUUUAUAAUUCAUAAUACAUUCGUUUUCUGUUUGCUCCGGAAUACUCACACUGCCUACAGGGGUUCGCAGUGGUCGCGCACACACGGGCGCCGCAUAUGGGUCACAGGCGGCAGAGCACAAUGGAAAAAUUGGUAAUACGCGAAGGCUUUGGCGUCGGCAGCGCGUGUGACGUAUAUGCGUCUCGUCGUCAGGCGUGCAUCAACGGGGCGGGGCACGGUCCGCGGUGGGGACAGCGCCGUCGUGGUGCCAACCACUACGACCGUCCCGUCCUAACUGGUUAAAUACCAAAAUACUAUUGCCACCGCCGUACAUCCGUACACCACCGCCGCCGCCGUAUAUCGUGGUGCCUGCCGUCUGUUGUCUGCAUCUGUUGGUGUCGGCGCUGGUGUUGCUCAGUGUUUUAUCUUUAUUCUAUGGUGUGUCGGUGUUGCCGUGUUGGUGGUGCUGCUUCUACUCCGAGUGUACGCGUCAGGAAGUGAAGACGAAGACCACGUACGGAUAGAGUGAGACAGUCGGAGAGUGCGAGAAAGAUAUCGUGUGUGUGCGUGCUUACGAGUACGUCGUUUGACGGAGAGAGGGUAAACAGAAAAAAAAAUUGGAAAAAAAAACCACCUCUUCGUUCAUUGAUUAAGAUUGACAUUCCAUUCAACCGCAAAAACUCUUAUAAUAAUAAUCAUAUACACAACCGCAUUAAUUUAUUGCAUUUCGUUGUCCUUUGUGUCACUAACUCGUUGUUCUGUAAGUUCCGUCGGUCCGUUCAAUACCUACACCCUUUUCGCGCACACACGAAUUGGUUUAAUCGCCACACGGCCACACACCAAUCGUGUCCAUGACAAUAUCAACGCGAUCCGCCGCCGUCAUCCCCACGAACUCCGUGGCUGUAUCGUUUCUUAUCGUUCCGUAGGCAGCACCGUCUUUAUAUAAUAUUAUCGAGUAUUAUACGGAUUUCAGGAACAUUGGCCGCCACUGAAUUGUUUUCACCGCAUCAAAGCAGUUGACAUACUGCAUGAUCAUCACUACCAUGGAACCAAAAUUCCUUUGCUCGGUGGUUUGCCUGGUGUUUGUUUUUUGCACAAAUAACGUAAGUACAACACAACAUAUCCACUUUAUAAUCGUUUGUCUUACUGGUUGAUCAGUAUUUCUGAACAACGUGCAUUAAAUACUGAGUAUGUUGAAACGAGACUAAUUUUUAUUAUAUUUUGAUCAUCCAAUGUUUUCUUGAGUUUUGAGAAAAACCUAAGUAGUUAAUUUGAAAUACUUUGCAUAUCCAUUGCAACUUUUUGUAAUCGUAAACUAAUUAUCCAUUAAGCUUACAAUCAGCCAACAGGUAGCUAAGUUAUAACUUGAUGGUAAUUUUAUGAUUCCCUGUAAGGUCAAUAAGAGUUGAUAAUUAAUCAAGGCAUCUAUGUUGGAUCUAUUCUCUAUUUAUAGAUAUAUAUAUAUAUAUUUAAUAUUUUACUGUGGUCUGAUUAUACAUCAUUUCCAUAAACAAUGUUUCAUUUAGUAAAUAAUUUAAAAUAUCAGAUAAAUUAGCCAUAUCUAUGUGUUUAUUAAUAUUUUCACUACUCAAUAACCAUCAGUUUGACCUUUUACUCAUAAAAAAAUAAAUAAAAAGUGUACAAAAUAUAUUUUUGUAUACCUAUUAUGCAAUAAUGAUUGUACCUUCCUAUUUAUUAUAAUUUAAUGAGAACAUUUUAAUUAUGUUCAUAGGUCAUUUACCUUUCGUGAAUUACAAUUUUAUUUAUUAAUAUGUUUAGUUACUACUAUGUGCGUACCUACAAAAACUACUAUUAAAUAAUUGAAUGUAUAGGUGCUUUAUUUUGGAAAUUGUAUAAUUUCCCAAAUCAAAUAUUAUUAUUGAAAACUGUUACUAUUUACCGAGUAUUUACAUUAUUUCAUAAUUUUAUUGAUUCAGCAUCUAUUAAACUGCAUUUGUUAUUAUCAAACUAGUGUUGGUAUAUGCAAAAUGUUUAUGGGUAUAAAUCUGUACAGAGUAAUCCAAUAAGAAAAAUAGAGUUAAUUUGUCUGGAAAUAUUUAUCCUUGCAUUACUUGAAUUGCUCAUUUCAACUCUAAAUCAUUUUAGUUACCUAAUCAACUAUACAAUAUUUGGGAAAUAUACACUUUUAAUUGCUUAUAUAUUUUAAAAUGUUAUACUAUUUAUUAUAAUGUUAUUUUUAUUUACUAAAAAAGCUAUAUCUAAUUUUUCAAUGUGCACAAGUGAUUAAAAAAAAUAAAAAAUUGUAGCAUUUUUACUAAAACUUUUCAUAUUAUUGCAAUUAGUAAAUUUUUUAGAAUUAAUCAUUUUGUAAGUGUAUAUUUUGAUAAAUAAUGUAUAGGUAUUAUUUAUUAAUUAAUUUUUAGUAACUACCUACCUAUCGAUCUAGUUAAUAUUAUCUACUCAUUUUUAUUCAAAUUGAUAAAAAUCAAGUGUAGGUGUGUAAGCCAAUGUAUAUGAUUAAUUUGUAAAUAACAACAAAAAAACAUUGAGGAAUGACUAUACUAUUUAAAUAUAUAACAAACAAUCAUUCAUAAAAUAAAAAUUGUCAUAUUAAUUAGUUAAUUACUGUAAAUAAUAUUAUUCUUAACUCUUUGAUAAUAAAUAAACAUACUUUAUAGUUGUUAAGUUUUAAUUAACUCAUGUGCAAUUACACUAACAAUUAAUAAAUUAGAACCAGUGAUAGAAUUAAAGAAAAAAAUGUUAUUUAGUAUGUUUGACAUUAUAAUUCAAAUUCCAAAUUUUUGUUUAAUGAAUAUUUGUCUGAAUAUUUAGGUAUCUAACAUUAACAAUGUACUUUAUAUUUUAAUAAAUAAUAAUUAAAAAGUGUACAUCUCAAUAUUUUUUAAACUAAAUAAUUGGUUCUUUUUUGCUUUUUUUAAUUUAAUUUUUCUUAUUUAUUUUAAAUUGAUAUGUGUUGAGUUAAAAUUAUACAUUUUUUACAAAUAAGUACCUAAUUUAUUUAUUUUUGUUACUCUUAACUCAUCAUAGGCAUCGAUGAUAGCGUUUCGCUAACAUUAAACUGAGCAUUAAACUUAUAUUAGGAACCACUUGUUCAAAUAAAAUAAUAUUGUUUUGAAACGUCAUGGACCUCUUAUUGACAUAAUCUUAUAAUAUAUCUUUUAAUAAAAUAGCUACAAAAACAAAUUAUAAACUUCUAUUUGUAAAUUUUAUGAGUAGUUAAAUUCCCCAUUAUUGAUUAUGUUAGUUCCCACUCACACGAUACUAACAGUGUCAUAAUUUUUUAUGAAAUUAUUUAUUUAAAUAAAAUAUGUUUGUUUUUGGUAAUAUGGACAUUUUAUAAUAUAUGCAUUUACUAAAAAAUGUUUUGUUUUUAAUUAGCAAGUUUGAAUGAAAAUCGCUAUUGAUAAGCAAAUUUUUGUAGGACAUAACUAGAUAAAUAUUUUUAUCUUUGUUUCACUAUUCUAAGUUCAUUAAAUUAUUCACAAGAAAAAAAAAAUGACAAUGUUGUCGUAACACUAACAUGAUACCAUUCGUGUAAUAAAACAUAAUGAUGUUAAAAGGACAUUAUACUCGUGUAUGUUGUCUCAGUCUAACUAACGGGCAAUAUAUCAAAAUCUACCUAAAUUGUAAAUAAUUAGGGUUACAAAACAUUAUAUCUACACUUAUUAAAAGAUAGACAAUUAAUUAAAACAUUAUAUUUUUAUUAAAGGCUUUCAUAAUUUGAAUUGUGUCAUUUGCAUACAAAAAUUUGUAGAUGUUGUAGGGACAUAGAAAAGGUUAGUUAAUCUUAUUAGAUGUUAGAUGCAUUACCCAAUUUAAAUUAAAUUCUGUCUAUUUUAACCAAUUUCAUCAAAAAAUGUAAUUUAUCUAGUUUAAUGUGGUUCCUUGUCACAGUCAAAAUGUAUAAUUAUCCCACACAUGUAGGUCAUAGGGUCUGCUACUUUUAUUUUUACCCUCUACAUAUCUCCAUCACUUGCUCAUUUAUUUCAUAUACUCUUAAAUCUCCCCUAAUAGUCUUUAUCUCAUUUCUUAAUCUCAUAUCCUUUUGACAAUCUCAUUGUUUCUUGUUCUCUAAAAAUGUUCACAGUAUCUUCUUAAUGUAUAUGUACUCAUUUAUUCUACCCUUUACUCCUAGAAUAAAAAUUGUAUUGCUAUUUUUUUAUUUUCAUUGAGAAAUAUUAAAAUUGCAGUACUCAAUAAAAUAAAUUAUUUUAUUAAAUACUAUGUAAAUCAAUAUUGGUUACCAAAAUCUGGAAAAAAAAAGUAAUGAAUGAAUAUUUUUUUCAUUGGCUGAUAUGAACUAUUGACAUACUACAAUGUUUGUACUUUAAUUCAAACAUAAUAAAACAUUCAAUUAAUUUAUUGUCAAACAUUCAAAAGUUCUAAAUAAAAUUUGAUCAGUUGUAUAUUUCUGUUAAGUUAACAAAACUUUUUUUGUAAUAUCUAGAUAGAUUUGUUUAGUCAAUUUUAAAAAAGAACAUUUCACUUUUGUAAGUUUUUUUUAAAUCAAUAACAUGAUUUUUAAUUUUUAAUUUCAGUAUUAUGAUUUUAGAUUCUGAGUGGAACAAGAAAUUUAUUGGUUUUACAAUAAUGCUUAUUUUUUUUUUUUUAUGUGAACACUCUAUCAGAGCAUACUCUGAUUAUCAAGUUUAGCACAUUUUCUGAAAAUAAAUUUUCUUUGGUUGGCACUUUAGAGAGGCCAUUUUUUGAAAUUCUCAUUAAUAUUCAAGAUAAUGUGGAAAAUUUUAGUCUUUAGAUUAAAAAAGAUUGAAAGACUAAAAAUAAGGUUGUCAUUGGCAACUAUUUUUAUUUUUUAUUUUUUUGUUAUUAUUAAAUUUGUAUUAUUUUAAUAUUUUUUAAACAAUCAUUGUUGUCAUGAAAACGCACAUUGUUUGUUUUAAUCAUUUUACCAUUAUAUGACAUACAUAUAUAUAUAUAUAUCGUGUAUUGUAUUGUUGACAAAGCAACAUUAUCAAUUAAACUCUGCUCAGAAUCGUUUUUUCGUUAGAAAUGGUUUAUCAUGGCUUUACAUAUAUAUAUUAAAUUUCCGUCUGUAGCCUACUUUCCCAACUUCCAACCUACAAGAGUGGCCCCACGUACAAAGUAUGUCUAUCCUUUUUAAUUAUUUUUUUAUUAUUAUUAUAAUAAUGAUCAUUUAAAUGUUAUUAAUUAGUAAAAUACUCCUGUCUAAAUUGCCUGAUUGGCGUUAAUUUAUUACAAAUAAAUAAAUAAAGCUUUUUUUUUAUUAUUAUUUGUUUCUAGGUGCUAGCAGAACCUAAUAAAAAUGUUUCAUUGGCUAAUCCUACCACCAGCCAGUCAUCUAAACCAUCUUUAAAAGAUGAAUUAUUUAUUGAUGAUGAGACUGAUUCAGAUGAUGGCGGUACUGAUAAAUCAGAACCUGAUGAUAUGAUGCUGGGCGAAGAAGGAAGUGGUAUGGGUGCAUCAUCUAAAGGAACAGGUGCUGAGGAUAUGGAAUCUAGUGGUUCAGGUUAUGGACCAGAUGAUGAAGAUGCACUGGUUAAAUCUAAUAAUGAAAAACUUGAUACUGAUGACGAGGAAGAUGAAGAUGAUAUUGAAGAAGAAGAAGAAGAAGAAGAAGAAGAAGAAGAUGGUGAAGAUGGUGAAGAAUUUGAAAAGGCACACAAAGGUAGUCCUGUAGCUUCUACAUCAACAUCAACAACAUCAACUACAACCACAACAACUGAAAGUUAUGAAGAAGAACCUGUAAUUCCUGAUCUGGUAUGUUUAUUUAAUUUGUUUUACCUCCAAUAUUAGUCAAAUAAAAAAAUUAAACUAGGUAGGUAUAUUGUUAAACACUUUCUAUAGAAAUAAAGUUACUGUUUUAGUAUUCUAAUAAUAUUAGAAUACCAGUUAAUACCAGAAAUAAUACAAUUAUCUCUUGAAAUAAUUUAAACUGUUAUACCUAAAUGAAAAUCAAGUAUAAAGCAAUAACUUAAAUCACUUUUAUAUAAUCACUUGUGUGUAAUUAUAUACUUAUAUCAAAUUUCUUUGUAUUAUUUAAAAUAAAAUGUCACAAUGUGUUUUUCUGUAAGAAAAAGACAAAAAAUUCUUGAUUAUAUUAAUUACUUUAUCAUAAAUUAAUGGUUCAUGAACCAGUGAUUAAUUUCCGAGAUAUAAAUAAAUAAUUUUAAAAUUAUUAACCCUUUCUUCUACUAGUUGAAAAAACAAAUGAUUUCCAUUGCAUAUAUUUUAAAAUAUUUAUUGUCAUUCUCUAAGUUUCUCUCAUUUUUGUAUAAAGUCAAUGGAUUAUGAGUUAUUACAUAUUAAUCAUUCAAAUUGAAAACUUUGAAAUUGGAAUUAUAAUAUUUAGUGCUGGGCCAAUAGUUUUUUUCUUUGGACCCAUAAACCAAUAUAAAUAUUAAAUUUUGUAACAUAUCAAAACAUCUUGGAUUUCUGAAAUGAUAAUUGAUUAUAUUAUAAUAAUUAAAGCAUUUUCAAAAACUUAUUUAAUAUUUAUCAGAUUAUCACAUACCAAUAAAUACACAUUGGCAUUAUUGUUAUAAUUGCAUACAAAUUAUAUGCAACUUGCAUUGUUUCAAAAAAAAAAAAAUUGAUCUUGAUAUACCGAUAUUAUCAACCCAGCCUUAAUAAUAUUAUACUUAUUAUGAUUUUGAUACAAAUGGUCAUCUUGACAAUUUUAUUAUAAUUUACAUUGCAAUAAUAUUUCAGUCAAUUUAUAUCAAAAUACAUUGGCAACGAGGAAUGUAUUAGUUUUAUAAUGUGUGCUUUUUAUUUUAUUAUUUUUUGGUCUGUAAACAACUUCUACCAGCAAAUUUUGUGUAGUUGGUACAAUAAUGUAGUCACUUGUUUAUUUUCAUUUUUUUCUAGUAAUCUUUUAAGAAAUGUAAAAAUGUCAAAUAGUUUUGUUACACUCUGUAUAGUUAAAUAUGAAAGUACAUAUAAUAACGGUAUUAUUAUUUUUAAUUUUUUUUUUUAUAACUAUAAUUUGAUUAAAAAUAAUGUAGAAAGAAACUUGAUAUUUUUACAGAAUAUUUAUAUUGACUUUUUAGAUGUGGUUAAUGUUCAAAACAUUCUGGUAUUUUUUAAGCUAUUUAUAGGUAUUUGAUAUCUUCUAUUUUAUUUGAAAAAAUUAUUUAUCAUUUUAAAUGCUUGAAUAUUUUAACAUAAUAUUAUAAUUUUACAUUUAAGUUUAAAUUGUUUAAAUCAUAAACACCACGACAUUUAAAAACAUGUUUAAAUAAACAUUGUUGUGUACAGAUAUAAAUUAAAUAAAUAUCCUAUAUUCCCAACUUUUCACCUUCAAUAGUGGCAUACAUAUCUUUUUUUUUUAAAACUCAAUCAGAAUUCUUUUUUAGUAAAUCAAUACUUUAUAAUUAUUAUAUCUAAAUAAAUUCAAAUUCUUAAUAAUUAGUUCUAAUAAAAGUGUUAGAUAAAAUAUACAUAACUAUGUAGGUAAUCAAGCUAUUGUUAUUUUAUAAUAAACUAUAUAUUCUAUAAAAUAUUUAUUAACAUCAAUGUUAUGUAGGAAUUUAUUAUAGUUGUAGGUAACUCCAUGUGUUUAUUUUUUUAAUUCUGGUUAACAUUUCUAAUCUUUUUUUUUAUAUAAAUCAAACAUUGAUGAUGUUAUAUAAAAUUAUCAUUACUACAUUUAGUAGGUAACCACUGUUAAGCAUAAUAUUUAUUUGUUUAACAAGUAGGCUAUUGUUCGAUUAUGACAUGGUGUCUACUGUUAGGAUUAUAUUUUUUUUCUGUCUGGUAAAUUCUAUAAUUAUUCUUAUUAUAUUAAAUACUUUUAUUGACAUAAGUAUUUAAUUAUGAAUAAUAAUAAUAAUAGUAGGUGCUUAAAUGAUUCAAAAAUAUUAUUUUUUUCUUUAAAAAGUAAAUAAUUAAUUUGUAAUUAAAUUUUAACUAUAAAUUUUACUCUUGUGAGUUGUGUUAUAUAAAUAAUAAAUAUGCAUACUUGUUGGUUUUAUUCUAUUAUAUUCUGAUUUUAUAAUAAUUUAUAAUUUUAGCCUUUAUAAUAAGUAUUUGCAUUUAUACACAUUCCAAAAAGUUUUAUGAUCCUGUGUAAACAUAUAUUAAUUUAAUUUGUUGUACUAUUUAAAUCUUACUUCUUUGAUGUCCAUUAGGACCUUUUAAUAUAUUAUUAAUAUGUUAUAUAUUAAACUUAUGUGAUGAAUUGCAUAUUUUUAAUUAUUUUGCAAUGCUUAUCUGAAAUAUUUUUAUUGUUUGCUUGUAGGUGUUUUUUUUUCUUCUUCAAUAAAAUUGUUUACAUUAACAAUUUUAAUUAUAAUGUGCUAACUGACACUUAAAAGUAAAAUACAUAUUCACAUUUACUAUACAGGGUGUCACACGGAGAUUUGAAAAAUGUAAUGAUUUUUGUUCUGUUCAAUAUUUUUAAGUUUUUUUUUCUUGCACUAUAAUAACAAUUUUGUAUCUUUUUUCAAAUCUAAAAAUAUAAAAUUGUUUUUACGAAAUUCAAGAUAGUCAUUUUAUAAAAAAAAAAAAAAUUCCAAAAGAAUGUUUGUUACAAAUAUUUACUAAUCAUCGAUUAUACGUUUCUACAAUUUUUGGAAGUUAUUAAAAAAAAAAAAAUUAUUUUUCAUAGAAAACUGGUAUUAUUUAAUAGUAGCAAUUAAAACAAUUUAGAUUAUCAAAACAACAUAGAAAAUUAAUGAUUCAUUAUUAUUUAACAUUUGUACCACCAAAAUCAUGUUUCAAGUCUUGGAUUUUGUAGGGAAAAAAAAGCUAUGUAGUUUCUUCAGCAUCUACAUACAAUUGCAUACAUUUCUACAGUUUUUAUUUUUAUGUCAUCAACCAUUUGUUAAUAUGUUUCUUUCAGUGAAGUUUUAACAUUUCGAAAAUAGAUAGAAGUCACGAGGAGUGAAGUCUAAUGAUUAGAAAGGGGGGUGUUGAAAUAUAAAUAGUUUUCUUUUCAUUUAAAUACUUUUAAUAUUAAUUGCAUUGUUAGCAAAAACAUUGUCUUGAUGAAAAACUCAGCCAUUCUUCCACAGAUACAAUCCGUUUCUUUCUAACACAUUUCUAAAUUUAAAAAAUUAUUUUUACAAUUAUUACAUUGAUCGACUGAUUGAACAUUUUCCAAAUGAUUCUGUCGUUUUUACCAUAAUUUUUUUUUGACAAAGAUAUGGUUAGAAAAAGACGUGCUAGGACAAUCUUUAAUGUCUUCUUCCAAUAGCAAAAACUAUAAAACCAUCAAUAUCAUAAAAAAAAUAUGUGCUCGUAAUAUGCAUAAACUAAAUUUAACAUUCAAAAUGAAGCCACGACAGUUUUCUUUAAUUUCACAAGAAAUUGAAUAUUAACACAUUCAAUUUCUGAUUUUAAUAUUACUUCUGUAAAAUUAUUGAACAUUUACUAAUUGCAAGACAAAUAAAUAUAAGAAAAAAUGUAAUUAAUUCAUUUAUACAUAGAUAAUUGUUUUAUAAUAAUAUUUAAAUGAUCACUAUGUAUACAAUCUUAAUAGUUUGAGGUUAUUGAAAAUAUCUUGUUAUUUUUGUGUUAAACCUUGUAUAAAUAAUAUAAAUAUAUUACAAUAUUUUCUGUAUGUUAUACUAUUGUAGUACCUAUAUAUUUAUUUCUAAUCAUAGCUAUUAUUAAAAAUGUAUAUGUUUUUUUUUUUACAAUUUUGUUUUACUUUUAUGUAGCCUAAAACAAACAUCAUUGAAGACAAUAUUAAUCCACCAACUAUUGCACCCGAUGUACCUCAAACAAUUACAAGUACUGUUCCAUCACCUCCUUCUAAUACUAUUGAUGAGCAUUCUGGUAAUGGAGUUUACAUUAGUCCCAACAGCCAUCCUGAACGAACUUCUUCAUUUUUCGCCCAGCCUGGCAUACUUGCAGGUGAAAAAAAAUUCUUUGAUAAAUAAAGUCAUGCAAUUUUUUAAUUUAUUAUAUUAUGUAUGUUUCAGCUGUUAUUGGAGGUGCAGUUGUGGGAUUAUUGUGUGCAAUUCUAGUAGUUAUGUUCAUUGUGUAUAGGAUGCGUAAAAAGGAUGAAGGUUCAUAUCCCUUAGAAGAAACCAAACGUUCACCAGCUACAAACCCAUAUCUUAAAUCUACACAUCGUGAAUUUUAUGCAUGAGUACACAUUACAUAUUCGUAAAUUGGUUUUCAAUUGAGCCUAUGAACAUAGUAUACGUUAUCAUAAUAAUAUUGUAUGAUCACUUCCUUCCACUAAAAACCAUUCACAUUUUAAAUUAUUAAAAAAACAAGAGCUAAUAUGACUUCUAGUCAAAAAUACAUUUAUGUAUAUAUAUUUAUAUAUAUAUAUACACAUAGAUACAUAGAUACAUAGAUACAUACAUUAUCUAAUAAUCCAUUAUAAAUUAUUUAUAUUAUAAAACAAUUUUUAUUUUAAUCUACCAUGACUUUCCAAAAAAAAAAAAAUUGUAAAAAAAACCUAUUUUAUUUUAUUUUGAAUUAUAAGCAGCUAAAAUUUUUAAUUUCAUUUACCUUUUAUUUGUCUUCCCAAAUAAAUGUAAAAUUUAAAAAAAAACUUACAUACAUAUAUAUUAUAUAAAAUUAUAUUAUUAGUGAGACUUAUACCAAACUGAUAACUUUUUGAAUCAUAUCAUUAUUGUAUUGGUUUUUUGAUCACCUAUGAAAUUGAAGGCAAUUUAAAUUUUAAAUAGUUUUUCAUUAAAGGAGAACAAGACUUGUAUUAAGAUUGUUAAAUGCCAAUUGAUUUUUAUUUAAAGCAGUUUGGUCUGAGUUACAUUAUAUUAUUAAUGUGUACUAAUUAUUGGAAAUCGAUUUGAAUGAAAUUAUAAUAAUACUAUUAUUUGUUGAGAUUAAUUUUUGUUAAGUAUAUAUUUUAGACAGUAUUAAAGGGAAUCGUUAUGAUUCCUUAUUUUAUAAUACUAAUAUAAAGAAAGAAGAAAUUUAUGAUAACAAUGAUUUGGUUGUCUUAAUGUAAAGACAAAUUAUUUUAGAAUCUAGCCGCAUACAUAAAUAUGUGCCAUCAUAUUGUUGGUGCCCCCCCACUGUUCAUAUAUUCUAAAGUAUUUUCCAAUUUAAACACUUUGUACAUAAUGUUUAGGCAUAACAAAUUAUUAUUAUUAAUAAUAAAUAUUACUUAUAGUUUUCCAAAAUUUUAUAUUAUGUAUUAAUUUUAUUUAUUUAGUAUAGUAUGAAAAUAACUGAUUAUCAAAGUAUACUUCACUUUAAUGCGUUUUUUGUACAUAAGUAAUUUUACUGGUGUAACAAAAUGAAACAUGUACUACCCUACCUAGGUGGUGACUAAAUAAUUUCUUUCCAUUCAGAAAAUUAAUAUUUCUACAAUUCAUUUAUAAUUUAAAUCAAUAAGUAUAAAUAACUGAAAUUUGUAUGAUUUUCAACCUACCCAUAACAAUUUUAAUAUUUAUUUACUUAUUUGAUUAAGUUUUGUAACAUUGUUUAAAUAUUGAGCUUUUUUCAAUCAUGUUGAACAUCAAAUAAUACAAACUUGAUAUAAGAGUUUUAUUUUUACUUGUUUAUACCAUAUUAUGUAAACUUAAUAUACACAAUAUAUUAUACUUAACGAUUAUUCUUAAGGUUUAUUUAUGUUUUUUUUUUUUUUAUGUUUACAUUUUUGUUACAAUCAUUUUUUACACUCAAGACAUGGGUUAUUGUAAACCUAAAUAUUAAUUUUAAAUGUAUAUAUCCCCAUUCUGUUCACCCGCAAAAGUAAGUUUUUUUUAAUACAAUCCAAUUUGCCAAAAAAAUACUUUUUUGUUAUAAUUAUUUUAAAAAAUACCUAUUAACAAUAAAUUGUAUCCGUUGAUUUAUUUAAAUUAUUAAAUUGAUUAGUAUAAACAAAAUUAUGUCUUCCUUAUUAAUUAUUUAUAUAUAUUUUUUUUUUAAUAAUUCAUUUAACUUUUGAGUUGAAACAAAAGUUAACAAAUUCUAUAUUGUACCUAAAAUCAAUAGUGUAUAGGUUUAUUAACUAUGUGCAAAAUGUACUAGUUAUUUUUUUAAAUUGUGCUGAAUUUUUACAUUUAUAAAAUUAGAUAGGUUGACCUUAAAUAUUAUCUUGUUAAAUUGUAUAAUAUUUUUGUUUGCCCUAGAAUAUUGUUAAUAACACCUCAUUGUCCAUUACUAUUUUCAGUAUUAGUAAUAGUUUAUAAAUAUUAUUUUUAACCAACUUUUUUUUGUCUUCGUUUUACUUGCAUUAAUACCUUAUAGUGUUCUUAGUUACCAAUUCAAUUUACGUGUAUUGGUAGCCAAACAAUCAUACAUAAACUUGAAAACUGAAUAUAAAUCACAUGCCAGUGGAGAUACACCCUUAGAAACUGUUCAUCAGAUAUAAAUGUGUGAUACAUUAAAAUUUUCAGAAAAUAAUAAAAUAAAGUUAUUCUUUUAAUUUGUUUACUUAAAAAUAAAAACAUUUGAUUUAUUAUUUCCAG